ACUAUCUAAUAAAUUAUUUAAUACAAUUUUAACUUUAAUUUUCUGAAAUUUUGAGAUAUUUAAGGAAUUGAUAUUUUCUUAAAAAUAGUUAGUUUCUAAAAAUUUAUAGAAACUUAUGUCUAAUAUUUAUGUACUGUAUUUCUAUUCUAUGAAUAAUAUAUUGGUUUAUUAAUUAAUUAACUUAUUAAGUAUUAUAAUUUACAAUAAAUUAAGUAUUAUAAUGAAUGGCAAAAUUGAAGAGUCGAAUAGUAAUUUAAAAUAUUUAUCGGGUUUUGGGAAUGAGUUUACCAGUGAAGAUGAACGAUGUCCCGGAUCGUUGCCUAUUGGACAGAACACUCCACAAGUAUGUCCAUAUGGGUUAUAUGCCGAACAACUAUCGGGAACUGCAUUUACAGCGCCCCGGGAGCACAAUAAGAGAACCUGGUUUUAUCGUAUCAGACCAUCAGUAAUUCAUAGUCCAUUUAUGCCAUACACUAAUGGAAACGUUACAUCAAACUGGGAUCAAAUUGAACCGACACCUAAUCAGUUGCGCUGGAAUUCAUUCAAAAUGCCAUCAAACGAAUUAAAAGUAGAUUUCGUGGACGGAUUAAACACUAUUUGUGGUGCAGGAGAUACCAGGUCUCGACACGGAAUGGCUGUUCAUAUUUAUGCCAUCAAUAAUUCAAUGGAGAAUAAGUGCUUUUAUAAUUCAGAUGGAGAUCUUCUAAUUGUACCACAAAUAGGACAACUGUUGAUUACCACAGAAUUUGGUAGAAUACAAGUCGAACCAAACGAGAUCUGUGUUAUACAACAAGGCAUCAAGUUUUCAGUGGACAUCACCCAACCGUCCCGGGGAUACGUACUUGAAGUCUACGAUAAUCAUUUUGUUUUACCAACUUUAGGCCCAAUUGGAGCCAAUGGUUUAGCUAAUCCGCACCAUUUCUUAACUCCCACCGCUCGCUAUGAGGAUCGAGAAUGUGUUUAUAAAGUGAUCAAUAAAUUUAAUGGAAAGUUAUUUGUGGCCAAACAAUCAUACAGUCCUUUCGAUGUAGUGGCCUGGUAUGGAAACUAUGUGCCGUAUAAAUAUAAUUUGGCAAACUUUAUGGUCAUCAAUUCAGUGUCAUUUGAUCACGCGGAUCCGUCUAUAUUUACAGUACUGACGUGUCCGUCUGAAAAGCCCGGUGUGGCCAUUGCCGACUUUGUAAUAUUUCCGCCGCGAUGGGGAGUAGCUGACCACACUUUCCGGCCACCGUAUUAUCACCGAAACUGUAUGAGUGAGUUCAUGGGCUUAAUUAAAGGAACAUAUGAAGCAAAAGAGGGUGGCUUUCAACCCGGAGGCGCUAGCCUUCACUCAAUGAUGACACCUCACGGUCCAGACUACCAGUGCUUUACAAAAGCAAUUACCGAUGACCUUAAGCCUCAACGUAUAGCUGAAGGGACUAUGGCGUUUAUGUUUGAAAGCUCAUUAAGUUUAGUGACCACUGAAUGGGGACUUAAGACAUGUCAAACAUUGGAUGAAAAUUAUUACAAAUGUUGGUCUGAUUUAAAAAGCAAUUUUAAUACAACUACUAAACAAAAAUAAAAACACUAUUAUUAAGAUAAAUA